UAACUGCCCAGCCAAAAUACAUAUUUGACUCACUACAGACUAACCGAGCUCGCACUCCAGCUUGGCGUUCAGAGUGGUUCAGACGCUCCGAUCCCUUCAUUCAGUUUCUUUUGUUUGGUUUACGCAGAGAUCGCUGACACUAACCAGCCAUGGAUGCCAUCAAGAAGAAGAUGCAGAUGCUCAAGCUCGACAAGGAGAAUGCCUUGGACAGAGCUGAGCAGGCCGAGUCAGAUAAGAAAGCAUCUGAGGACAGAAGCAAACAGCUUGAAGAUGACCUGGUAGCACUGCAGAAGAAGCUGAAGGCAACUGAGGAUGAGUUGGACAAAUACUCUGAAGCCCUGAAGGAGGCCCAGGAGAAAUUGGAGCUCGCAGAGAAGAAAGCCACAGAUGCUGAGGGUGAUGUAGCUUCCCUGAACAGACGUAUCCAGCUGGUUGAGGAGGAGUUGGACCGUGCUCAGGAGCGUCUGGCCACAGCUCUGACCAAGCUGGAGGAGGCUGAGAAGGCUGCUGAUGAGAGCGAGAGAGGCAUGAAGGUCAUUGAGAACAGGGCAAUGAAGGACGAGGAGAAGAUGGAGCUGCAGGAGAUCCAGCUGAAGGAGGCCAAACACAUCGCUGAGGAGGCUGACCGCAAAUAUGAGGAGGUUGCCCGUAAGCUGGUGAUCAUUGAGGGUGACUUGGAACGUACAGAAGAGCGUGCUGAGCUGUCUGAGAGCAAAUGCUCUGAGCUUGAGGAGGAGCUGAAAACUGUGCAGAACAACCUGAAGUCUCUGGAGGCCCAGGCAGAAAAGUACUCACAGAAGGAGGACAAGUACGAGGAGGAGAUCAAGGUCCUGACAGACAAGCUAAAGGAGGCUGAGACCCGUGCCGAGUUCGCUGAGAGAUCAGUUGCCAAGCUGGAGAAGACCAUUGAUGACCUUGAGGAUAAACUCACACGUGCUAAAGAAGAGGGCCUGAGCAUAAAGCAGAUGCUGGAUCAUACUCUAAUGGAGAUGGUUAACCUUUGACCUAGCUCUGUUCCCCUCCUCACAUUGCCUCAUCUGCUCUGAAUAUGGCUGGCUCCCAUAUGACUGACUGCUACACGCAAAGCUGGAGCUUGUGUUUGUCUCCUCUGACCGUGGCAUCUUGAAGACACAAGCUCUGCGCAAGUUAGAAGCUCAUCUACAGUUUCCUUUACGCACUGUAGUCAAAGGUCAUUUAAAGUUUACUGUACAUCUUUAAUUGUUUACAUGUACGUGUGGGGAAUUUGCACUUUUUUGGGGAAUAUACUGCACAUGAUCGUCAUGAAUGAAGCCAUAAUUUAAGCCAAGGUUAUGAAAGGGACUUUUAUUAUGUGUACUUUUGUAAAGUUGCUUAUGUGUUAGUUUCUUUUUGUAUUGUAAAAAUGUAUUCACUGUCAGUGAUAUUCUCUUCCAGUUUAGCAAGGAAGGAAUUCUUAGCACAGUAGCGAAACUCAUUAUAUUGUUUCAACUAAGCAAACUAAAUACUUGUGGCGUACUUAUCUAUGUAGGUGUUUUCUUUUUGAAACACUCAUUUUUGUUUUUUAUCUUGG